AUGGAGCAUCCCUGUCCGUUGUUCUCCGGCAGAUGUUCUGGAAGUUUCUGCGCAUUCAGCGCAGAGACCGGGAGCAGUGCAGCUGAGGGCCCCGCCGAGCCUGACUCGGGGCUGACCGAGCUCCAGGCAGAGCCUGAUGUCAGCCUGGAUUCAGCUGAGCUCUCACAAGACUUGGACACAACAAUUUAUGAGGACGGAGAAAACGGAGACGAGGCACUGGCACAGGUUGUGGCCAUCACAAAUGCCAAAUCCAGAGGGACUGAAGCCACCACAAAUACUUGCACCAUGCCCAUUCCCACAGUUAUUCAUGCUGCCACUAUGGAAUUUUUUGAGGAGAGUGCUGUUCCUUCUCAGCAGCAGGUGCCAGCCAUUGUAAGGAACAUCCACCAGAGGCUGCUGUCCCAUGACACUGUGGAUGCCAGGCUGCAAACUGACAUUGUGAGGCUGGCUGAAGAACACCCUCCUGACGUGGUGCUGACCCUCCUGCGCUGUGCCCCAACGUGUGACGGAGCUGCUGCAAUCAUGUGGAGAGCCAUUGCUUCGUCAAGACUAACAAUGGAGAAAGUGCUGCCAACACUGGUCCGUGUAAUGGAGGAUUGGCCUCUGAGCAAAAUGUGCACCUCCGAUGGGGACAAUCAAGACGUUUUUGCCCUGGCUGCAACUCUGGUGAUCUGGGUGAUUGUCCAGGUGCCUGAGUGGCGCGAGGGCAUACUCCCUCAUUCUUCCCGCCUGUUUGUGGCUCUGCUCUUCCAUAUUGUCAUCACAACAAAGAGGAUGCCACCAGCAGAAGCUGGGCACUUCUGGAAAGCAUGUCGCGAAGAACAUCGCCUUACCAUCAACCCCAGCAGGUUUGCAGUGCAGACCAUGAAGGCUCAGCUCUACCGACUGCAGUGUGACAAUGUGGUGAUGGCUGUGGAGCGCAAGCGUGGCUGGGACACGCUGCUGUGUGCUCACACCCAGCACUAUGCCGUGGGUCUGCUGGCCAGCUGUGAAAAGCCAAGGUGGGAUCUGCCCUUCCUGGCAUUCCUUGUGGAAGUGAGCCUGGUGGCCAGCACUGCCUCGCGGAGCUGCCUCCCAGCUCUCUGUCCUCUGGUCCUCGAGUGCCUGGACUGGAAUAAAUGUGCUCACACUGUCCUGAAGAUCAUGUCAAGUUGCCUGCACAGCAAAUGCAGGGAGCAGCGUCGCCUGGCGCUCAGAGGCCUCGUGGUGCUCAGCAAGGAUCCCUUGAUGCCGUCCAUGGCUUCCCAGCUCAGCCUUGUGUUCAACACAGGCCAGACCUAUACGCAGCGUGUCUCGAAGACUUCUGGAGCUGCUGGGUGA